AUGUUGAUCGAAUUAAUAGUACUGGUGACCAUACUCUUUCUGAUACACCAACGAUGGACAAACAGGGAAAUCUACGAGUUAGGGAAGCAAUUAAAUUCUGGAAUAAAGACGUUCCCGCUCAUUGGACAUAUUUAUUUGUUUAUCGGUGAUAAUGUAAUGGUGGCUGAUCCUGAAGCGGCAGACUUGAUAUUAAAAAACUUUUCUGAGAAGGAUGACCUUGCUAAAUUUGCCUCUGUUUUUAUUGGGAAUGGCUCUAUCUUUGCUCCAGUGCCUAUUUGGCGUCCGCGUCGCAAGAUAUUAAUACCGAUGUUUAGUAUGAAGAAUUUGAAAUAUUUCACUACUAUAUUUUCAAGUGAAAGCCAAAUUCUAGCUGAGCAAAUAGGAAAAACAGCUGGGAAAGGUCCUAUUCCCGUAUUUAAGUACAUCUCUGCGUAUACGAUGGAUUCUAUCUCACAAACUUCAAUGGGCUAUAAAAUGAAUGCCCAAAAGGAGUCUGACCAUUUUUUCUUAAAAGGAUUUGAUUUGGGACUCAACAGCAUUGUAGAGCGCAUUGGCCAGCCAUGGCUCCAUAGUGAUGUGAUUUACAAGAGCCUUCCUCGGUACACAAAAAUGAUGGAACACAAGAAGGAAAUGUGGGCCUUUAUGAUUGAGUUGAUUAGAAAUAAGCGAAGAGAACUUGAAGAGAACAAAUCGACCCAGGGUCAAUACGAAGAAGAUUACCAUAAAACGUUUUUGGAGAGUCUUAUAAAGUUGUCCGGUGGUGAUGACGGGUACACGGACGAUGAAAUAGUAGAGGAGCUACUGGUGAUCCUGGUGGCCGGUACUGACACUUCGGCAGUAGCAGCUUCCUUCGUACUUCUAGUACUCUCCAGAUAUCCUGAAAUACAGGAGAAAGUUUUUGAAGAGUUGCGAGAAGUAUUCGGAGAUUCAGACAGGCCGUCUACCUUUGACGAUUUGCCUCGGCUGAAGUACCUCGAUGCUGUGAUCAAGGAGACACAGCGGUUAUACACAACAUCCCCGGUGGUAACCAGGAAAGUGGACAAGGAAUUUUUAUUACCUUCUGGCAUAAAGCUGGUACCUGGCACUGGUAUCAUGGUAAACAUCUGGGCUUUGCACCGCAACCCUCGCUACUGGGGAGAAGAUGUGGAGCAGUUCCGACCUGAAAGGUUCCUCGACAUAUCGCUCAAACAUCCUGCUGCCUUCAUGCCAUUCAGUUAUGGACCUAGGAAUUGUGUUGGUUAUCAAUACGCUAUGUUAUCGUUGAAGACAGUGUUAUCUACGUUAUUAAGACGUUACAAGCUCUUGCCAGCCACGAAACCUAACAGUAAUUCUGAGUUCCCACCACUGCGUCUCAAGUUUGAUCUUAUGAUGAAAGAUGCGGAUGGUUUCCAAGUCUGUUUCGAGUCUCGAUCAAAAGUAGCUUAAAUAAAUUAUUUUUUUGGAUAAUUUUAACCAUGAAAAAUUUC